AUGCGUCGCUACCGUACAGCAUUUACUCGAGAACAAAUUCGCUUGCUAGAACGUGAAUUUAUUGGAGAAAAUUAUGUUUCAAAAGUGAGAAGAGGUGAAUUAUCUGCAGAGUUGGGGCUUCCUGAGGCUACAAUUAAAGUUUGGUUUCAGAAUAGGCGAAUGAAACAAAAAAGACAAAGUAUAACUUCAAUGAUGGGUGGGCUAGCAGCCGCAGCUGCCGCGGGAUGGCCCCAAUUUGAACAAAUUUUGCUCAAUGCAGCCAAGAGUGUUCAGACUGGAUUGACUUCCACCCCUUCUUCCUCAAAUUCUAAUCCUGCUGCUGCUUUACUUUUUGAUUUUUGGCAAAACAAAAAUGAUCAAAAUAAAUUAUGGCAACAAAAUAAUUAUUUAAAUAAUCAACAGUCUUGUUCUUUUUUUAAUUUUGAAAAUAAUAAUUUUAAUAAAUCAACAAUUAAUAAUAACCCUUAUUUAUUACAACAACCUAAUUUUAAUAUUAAAAAUAAUAUUAAUAGUCAAGCUGGAGGUUUACCAACAUUAUUACCUUCAAUUUGCGAGUUUUUAUCCAAUUCCUCAACACGUUCAUUGGAAGCGCCAAAAAAUGAAGAGAUUUGUUUUGAGUCUUCCCCAUCUGUUCAAAGUGAAGAAAAUAAUUGUAUAAUUAAUGAACAGAAGAUUUAA